AUGUUCACUCACCGCCUGAAACGUGAGAAGAGGGAAGCAGCUAUCUGUAGUUCCCUGGUGACACGACUCAAGGAAGCUGUGCAAAGUGUGCUUCAGCCUGGAGGGACCACAAGCAACUCAGGACCAAGGUACUCACCAAGUGUACCACAUGGACCAGUCCUGGGGCAUUCGGACAACACCAACGCUCUGUGCAAUGUCCUGGAAUCCAUCUUUAUUCAUGGCUUACGAGAUUCCUUCAGUGAGAAGAUGUCAGUCCUGCUUGGAGCCGACCCUGACCGAAUGCCUGUCCCAAACUUCUGGCCAGUCAUCCUGAUCAUCAGUCACAGGGACUCAAUUGAACAGGUCAAUGAGCUGUCGUUCAUCAGCAGUGAGGUGGGAAGAAGCCGGGCUUGGGUACGUUUGGCUCUCAACAAUGGCCAGAUCUGCAGUUAUCUGAGUAUCUUACUGCAGGACUCUCACACUCUGAAGGACUAUUACAAAACUACAGCAUUCCUGAGGGAUCCUGAGAGAGCGGAUAUCACAUUGGGUGUGUUGCAGCCCCUGGCCUCCCUUACCUUCAAUUUGGCCACCAAUGCUGCUGUGCUCAACACUUGGACUCAAACACCAUUGGUUCUAGCUGGGAUAUGGACACCUAGCAUUCAGGGUAUGAUAUCUGAUCCAGUUCUGGCAGCAACAGAUGUGGCGAGCACAGUUCAUGAUGUCCAAGCACAUGGUGUGGGUAUUCCUAUUAUCUCAACUCCAAUCAGUGACCACAUGUUUGACAUGAUCAUUGGGGGCACACCAGAAACUAGUUUUAUUAGUGACUAUAUGGAAAAAAGUGAAGUAGAUACAGCAAAGCAUGAAGACAAAAGUUCUAUCAAGACCAAAGAAAUUUUGCCAGACACCAAAUCUAAUGUGAAUGAAACUAGUGAGAAAAAGAAAAAAGAAGCAACUUCCACCACAGAACAAGAUUCUGAAGACAACAACCAAAGAAAACAAGAAAAUGUUCUCCCUGAUAAUCAAAUAAAUCAGCUAGAAACUUCCAUUUCAAGCACAGACAAUGACAGAGUGUUUGGGAGGGAUUGGAGCAUUGACUCAAUGUCUCACAGCACAAUUGAAACAGCUCCAGAGUACAAUAGACUUUUCUCAGAUCUAGAAGGCCUUGGUGGAUUCCCUUCUGUGCCAGGCCUGGUGGUGCCUGACCUAGACCUGUCACCAUCUUCCACUCCAAGUGAAGAAGUUUCUAAUGAGUCAUCUCAAUCAGAUGUUGCAGAGAAGCUGAGCUAUGAGGUUGUUCCAGUGAAGCAACCCAGUGCUGAGGAGAUGAGAUGCCUGUUGCCACUCCUGACCAGACUAACCACAGAGGAGGGUCUGGAUGCUCAGGCAUACAAGUGUAAUCAGUGCAAAUCCUAUGUUGGCAUGAUCUAUGGGAAGCCAAGGGUGUGCAGCUAUGACUCCAAGUACUACUGUUAUGAGUGCCAUGAGAAUGAAUCUGCCCUGAUACCUGCUCGUAUUGUUCAUAACUGGGAUUUCACUUUGUAUCCUGUAUGCUCAGCUAAUUUCCAGUGGCUGUCAUCUGUAAAUCACCUACCACUCAUUGACUUGAGAACAGUGAAUCCCAGGCUGUACUGUCACAUUGAAGACCUGGCGGAACUACAGAUGUUGCGGACUCAGCUGUUGUAUGUACGUGCUUACUUGUUCACGUGCCGUUCAGAUGCAGGGCAGAAACUUCGAAAGCUGGUUUGGCCAAGGGAACACCUCUAUGAACAUGUACAUCUAUAUUCUGUGUUUGAUUUCCAAUUUGUGGCAAGUGGUCAGCUGGUUUCAAAAGUAAGACAUGCUGUCACCUUUGGCCGGGACCACAUUGCUCACUGUGAAGUGUGUUCUGUCCGGGGGUUCCAUUGUGAACUGUGCUCAGACACUGAAGUGAUAUACCCUUUCCAGCUAGGAAACACUUAUACAUGUGGUGUGUGCUAUGGAGUGUAUCAUUCCAGCUGUGCACGUGGCUGGAAGGAAUGUCCUCGCUGUGUGAGACGGGCAGCAAGGAAAGAACACCCUGGCCAAGAGAGCAUUAACACUUAAAAUUGUGAUGUUAAAUGAUCCCCCUGGCCAUUAGAUACUUUAAGGUACUUUAUUUUGACUUGAAAAAUGUUGCAAUUAGUUCAAGUAGAGCUUGUGAUUAUUGAACAAAAGCUUUGAGAGAUUAUUUAAGAAAUUAUGUUACUCUUUUUUUUUUUAUUUAUUUUUUUAAGAAAAGUGCCUUUGUAUUUAGUGACAAAAAUGAAUAUGUUAUUUAGUGUUUGUAUGGAUAUGAAUAUCUCUAUGAAACUAUUGUAUGUGAUGAAAUGUUAUUAUUAUGAUAUGCUAUUUAAAAACUAACAACACUUUCUUACCUCUCAUAUCUGAAAUAUUUUGUUUAAAAAUUUUGGGCAUUGUAUAUUUUUCAAAUGCAGGAGUUCUAACAAUCACCACCAUGAUUGACAAGUUCACUGUUAUAAUUGUUGUGGUAUUGUGCUCAGUGUGGCACCAAUAUGAAAUAGUGACAGAUGCAGUUCAUAGUUUGUGUGAACCUUUAAGUAGUGUCCAUUCAAACAAGGAUAAAAUAAAUUUGAUAUGAUGCCUUCAUUUGGAUUGGCCAUUAAUAUGGGAUUGAUGAUUUUAGAAAAGUUUUUUGAUGGAAUUGAGAUGGUGUGUGUGUGUAUUGUUAAAUAUAUUCAUGUUUUUGUGUGCAAAUUGUAAUUGUUUCAGGAAAAUCAAGUGUGCUUCUUUGCAACUUUCAAACAUAGUAAAAAAUGGAUGAA